AUGAUUACUGCAUAUACUGCACUAUGCGAUCAUACUUCAUCUGUGUUGUUUUAUCGCAAAAUGGUGAGAAGAAAUUAUUCGAAGCCUAAUGAAUUCAUAUUCCCUAUAGUUUUGAAGUCUUGCCCGGAAGUCGUUAAGCCUUAUGGGACUCAAAUGGUGCACACCCAGAUUGUUAAAUUGGGUUUUUGGAAAUACACGGUUGUGCAAACGGCGCUUUUGAAUGCAUAUUCAAGAUACAGUGCUGAUAUAGUUCUCGCGAGAAAAAUGUUUGAUGAAAUGUCUGAGAGGAAUGUUGUGUCAUGGACUGCGAUGAUUUCAGGAAGGCCUGCAGUUUGCGCACAUGAGUUGAUGAUCUGCAUUGAGUCAGAUUAUCUAAAUGCUGUGUCAACAGUAAAUAAUACUCCUCCCCAUGAGGCUGCUUUGAUUGCUAAUAUAUCUGAAUUUAUUUUCAUCUUUUACAAAAGAAUUUGCUCAGAAAUUGAGAACCUCACACUACGAGAAUCCUAUAUCGAUAGCUUCCUGUAUGCUGAUGAUUUUACAAGUAUGGUCAAAAGCGCAGACAACACAAGUUGCCCUGGGUGA